AGCCAUUUUGGCUCAAGCCGGCCUCAAACCCCCUGGUCGCCAUUUGCCUCUUUCGCUCAUGGCCGGCCCGGGUGUUGCUGCUUGAGGACAAUGGCACGGGAAGUGCUGCGGGGAGCUGCUGGCGCGCGGGCUUCUGCAGACAUAUUGGUGUACAAGUUAAAGGACGAGCUUGGUUCAGCGAGGAGAGAGAUCGCCAGGCUGCAGGACCUGCUGCAUCGCAAUUCCGCCAGCGACCCACACGAAGAGGAGCUGCUCCGCCGCUGGGGAGGUAUCAAGCUCGUCUUGCGGGCCCAGCUCUGAGCCCGCGACGGUGUCGAGACAUCCCUGUCGGACGCCGACAUCCUGCGCCGCAGCAAUUCUGAGCAUGCUGCCGCUGCGCCGAACCCUGCGGCCCGCUGCGAGGAGCUCAGACGCGACCAGAAGGCGGAGCGCCUGGCCCCGCCACGGGCCUUGGUUGGGCGCACAAUUUCGGUGAAGGAGCUGCGUGCCGACGCCGAUGCCUUCAUUCCCUCUUGCGGAGUGUGGGAGGCGCUGGACUGCAAGGAGCCCUUCCCGCUGCAGGGCGAGCUGGAUGAGGGACACUGGGGCAUGCGCUGCACCUGCGGUGCCGUGGCGUUCUCUGGCGAGCUGUUCGCCUGCCGAGGACAAGGCCGCAGGGAGACGGAGCCCCGUCAUCCAGAUAUUGUUGCAGCUGAAAGGGCCAUGAAGGUCGCGGCGCUCGAGCGGAUCGACUACGAGCAGUGGGUCAACGCGCCCGCGCGGGCGCUCGGCAGCAGGCACCUCCAGGCGCGGCCGUUCGUGCGCAAGGUGGAGCGGCUAGCCCAGGCGGGCCGCGCGGGCGCCUCCGUGCCCGACACCUUUUUCGUGGAGCAGCAGGUCGUGAGGAACGACCCCGAGGCCGAGGAGGAGCUCGACGAUGCGUCACUCGUGCGGGCCCUCGGCGUAUCGAUGCGCGCGCUGGACAGCGUGCUGCGGGACUACCACUUUGGGCGUGCAGGCCACAUCCGCGGCCGCCGAGGCGGGCAGGCCGCGGGCCCAGGGAUGGGAGCCCAUUCCUGGGGCGCCUCCGCCCCCGACUCCAACGACUGCAAGCAGCAGUGAGUGCUGCUGCGGGCCCCGCGCGGCCGCGUGCUGCGCCUGGGGGGGGCUUUUCGGUUUCCCCUCCCUUGGGGCGGCGCGGCCGACCCUGAGGGGGCCUGGGGGGGGCUCGGUUCUGCCCCUCCUGGGGUGCCUUGGCCUCUGGGGGCCAGGCACGGUUGAAACCCCUGGACCCGCCGACGGGAGCUGCGGGCGUCCCUGCAGCGUCCCCCUGCUGCAGGGCCCGUCGGCGGGGGGCUGUGCCGCGAGGCCUGCGGGCGCUCGCGAUGGCGCGGUUUGGCCGCGCGUCGGAUUCCAGGCGAGCCGCCGAGGGCGGCGACCGCUGUGCGCGAGGCACGGCGUGCGCGGCGCGCGGCGCCGCGGGCGGGGCGCGUCGGCCCGACUGACGCGUUCCCUAGUGCCCUCACCCUCACCCUCCUCCUACUCCUCCUCCC